AUGGGUAAACGCUCGGCUUUUGACGAUUCAGACGAGGAAGAACAAUAUCCCGAGGAGAGGCCACAAGGAACUCCUCAGCCGGAGAUGGGACAAGAGCCCCCCAGUCAGAUGACGAGGGCGCAUGCUGAAAGUUUGAGGAAGAGGAACCCCUCGGGCCAAACCUCAGGUCAGCAAAAGAGGAAGCGGAGAGACCCGGAGGUAGUGGAGGUCGACCCGUUGUCAUUUAGCCUACCCGCGAUCCACGAGUUAUCUUCCAUUGACGAACUUUUGAAGGAAGGAUACGCGGAUCAAGGGCGGGGAGCCGAACUGUUUGAGGACGUGCCUGCAGGCCACGUCCUGCUAACAUUCGACCCUCCGCGGGUCGAAUGUGCGGACCUGCCCGAUGCCGGGGUGCCGAGGCUGGAGGACGGCAUGAGACAGGCUGUGCAGGCAGUGAAUUCGUUCGUGACCGUGUGCGCGGACUUGGAGGGGCAGCUAUUCUUCAGCCAAGCGGAAGGCCACAGGCGAGGCCAACAGGGCCAGAGAGGCGGAGACGUGGCUCCAGGCCUUAGAAGGGGAGAGAGGGCGCCUGGAAGAGGAGAGAAGUCUUCAAAUGGAGAGUUUGCUGGCUACAAGCGUCCCCAAAUCUCGCCUGGAAGCGUACAUCCUAGCGGGGGUCCAGAGGUACCUGGGGUCGUCCGAGUUCGCCCUCGGGAUAAACGACGUCAUGGACCCCGCCAUAGAAAGGGGGCGAGGAAGGUCGUAUUGGAGAUCGAGGCGGCCCAGAGGAAGAACGAGGACAUCCAACCCAUCCUCGACAAAUAUGCUGAUAGAGAGAUGAAGGAGAAGACGUCUGCGGUACGGCUGCGGUGUAAGGCCCGGAAGCACUUUCGGGAUAUGGACUUUGUGCACCUCCCCAUUAUGCAGCAGAUUGCCAGGACUUGCCCCUCCGUCUCGAAGCCCGAAGACAUAUUGGACAUCCCGGGCAACCCCUCGUUCGUCUUCCAGAUGCCGAGGGGGACGCAGACGCCUCCGAGCAUGCCGCCGAGGCCCGAUGAGGAGCCGAAGAUAGUUGCCUCUGUACCUCCACCCCAAGGGCACAACUCCGAAAGCCGAGGAGGAGGGGGAACCUCGACAGACUCCAACGCCCACAGUGGAGACAAGGUGAACGAUGCAUAG